AGCAGGCGGUCCCCGCUGGGGAGACCGCUCCGCCCGUCCGCCCGCCCCGGGGCUGUGGCCGUGAGGAUCCGCCCGGGCUCGCCCGACCGCCCGCACCGCCCGGCCAAUGGGAGCGGCGGUUGUUAGCGGGCCGGGAGGUGGCGGCGUUGCUACAGCAGCGGCGGGGCCGGAGCCGGUGGUCGGGGUGCGCCAUGGAGGGGCUGGAAGGUGAGGUUACAGUGCAAACUGGAGACCUGUUGCCAUGUAGGAUUUGUGGAAGGACUUUCUUUCCAGCAGCACUGAAAAAGCAUGGACCCAUUUGCCAAAAAACUUCUGCCAAGAAAAGGAAGACAUUCGAUUCUAGCCGACAAAGAGCAGAAGGAACUGACAUUCCCACAGUAAAACCUCUUAAGCCACGGCCAGAACCACCCAAAAAGCCGUCCAACUGGAGACGAAAGCACGAGGAGUUUAUAGCAACUAUACGAGCAGCCAAAGGACUUAAUCUUAAAGAUGGUGGAAAACUCCCUCCACCACCUCCGCCAUCAUAUGACCCUGAUUACAUUCAGUGUCCAUAUUGUCAGAGAAGAUUUAAUGAAAAUGCAGCUGACAGACACAUCAAUUUCUGUAAGGAGCAAGCAGCACGUAUUACUAAUAAGGGGAAAUUGGCAGCUGAUACCAAAGGGAAACUUCCUACUCGAACACAGUACAAACCUGCUCCAGUUAAGAAGAUGCCUUCUGUAGGAUCAACACCACCAUCAUCAUCAUCACGCUUACCACAGCCAAGUGGUGUUAGCAAAACUGUUGUAGGUGCCUCUUCCAGUAAAGCACUCUCUUCGUCUGGAUCCAGUGGGAGCAAAAUUCAGACAUUAUCACCAGCUCAUAAAAAUUCAUUGGGAAUGGUGAACCCACAAGCAGGUAGUAAGAUGGACAAGUUAGGCCCACCACUGCGAACUGGAAGAGAUGUGCAAAGGUUUUAUGACACUGAUACAAAAACAGACAGUACCAUCAAAAGACCAAAUGAGUUGUUGCCUAUAAAGAAAGGCGCAACAAAAACACGGACAUCAACCCCUCCUAGUGUGUCAAGAACCAUGAGCACGGGUGCUCUAACAAACAAAAGAAAAACUAGCAAUUCAGACAGUUACUCAAGAUCUGACGGUAAAAUUGGUUAUGACAGUGGAGACUACCCAUCCUCAGUCAAUGGAGGAAAUUCAAAAAGCAGCGAAGGAAAUUCAACUGUACAGUUAUCAAAGUUCUGCCAUGAAUGUGGAACAAGGUAUCCAGUGGAAUGGGCAAAGUUUUGCUGCGAGUGUGGAAUUCGAAGAAUGGUCGUGUGAACACAUUCUUAAAAGCAAAAAGAAAAUGAGAAAUCAGAAGCAUCUGCUAUGUAUUGCUGCAUGGAAAGCUAGAGCACUCCUUCCAGUUAGACUUCAUGCUGCAAAUAUGUCGAAACAUCAUGUAAUUUUGAGUGCAAUCUUCUGGUUACACAGUUAUUUAUAAACAAAUAUAUAUACUGUAUAUAAAAAUGGCAGGUAUCUAAAACCGUGCCAUUCAAUGAAAUACUCUUUAAUCUCUGCUGGAAAUAUUUAAAAUUAAGGUAAAAAUGUGUUAAGUAACUUAGGUAGCAGAAGUGGUUCAAUGUUAUUUUUCUUGUAAAUCCUACUAGAUAAUCGAUUAUUUAAAUCACUUAGCAGGAUAAUACUUGCCCAUAAGGAAAUAGCCAUGGAGAACUCGGGCUUCAAAAGUUUCUCUGUGGAGGCGUUUCCUUCGUAUGUGACAGUAACUUAGAUGCUGUGUUCUAAGUGAAAACAACAUGAGCAACUCCUUAUAAAUUCCUAGUUAAAAGUGCAAAAAGUCUGGAUCCCUUAAACUCUUCAACAGUAGUAUCCUAGUUGGACUUUCCAGUUACUUCCUAGGAGUUUUUUAAAGAAUUGGUUUGAAAAACUACCUGAGAACUCUGUUCACGUGUAAGAAGAAAAGCAAGAUUUUUGUUUGUGGCUUUCCAUGUUCUGUUUUCCAAUAAGAAUGUGUUAAUCUUUUUAUGUAUUUAUAAGGACAAAUAUGGUAUCAUCAUUUUAUUAAGUUCCGUUUGUUCAGACGUACUUGUCAUCUUCCACCUGUGCUCCACCGUGACUUACAUAUUUAAAAGUUUUGUGCUUUUUGUCUUUAAAGGUUUCCAAAGGUUUCCCACUUCUUUUUACUCUUCCCUCACUUCCUGAAGGAGAGACAAAGUCUAUGCUUAUCCUACCUAAAUAUUGAACUCUUAUUUUGAAAACAGCCUUCUUGAUGUAUCCAAUAAAAAAAAAAAAAAAAAAAGAGUUCCAUAAAAAUGUAUGUUAUUAGAGCAGUUGAACUUGAUGUAAGUAGUGACUGGUUUUUAUUCUUAUUCCUGUGCAAAUAGCACAGCUUACGUAGGAGGGCUUACUGGAGUAAUGUGCUCCACAGCUUUAUAUGUUAAAACCUUACACGUUUUUUUUUUUGCAAUUUUUUGUAGUAUUGGGCUCUGAAGAGCAGCCUCUUGAAACUAGUAACAGACUUCACGUUAAUUCGUUGUGAAGAAGGGUCAGGCCCUGGAAGCUGUUGUUGUUUUGGGUUUUUUUUUUAUAAAUUGCACAGUAUAUUGAAACCAUUCACAAGCCGAAUCACUUAACUUGUAUCUGAAUGUAGUAAUUUGUUUUGUGAAGUUUUGCUUUGAAAUUCUGGCACCAUCUUAGUUAUGCGUGAAAGAACAAUCUGAAAGAACUUAAUUGUGCCUUUCCCACAAUAAAUAGACUCUUUUUGUCAGAAAAGGUUACUUUCUGCUCACAAACACCAUUUAGUAUCAAUUCAUAUAAUUUCGUUGUAGCUUAUGCAAAAUAUAAUGUAGUGUUCCAUGAUAGGAUUAUGAUCAUUGUUUGCAUUCUCAAAACUUGUGAUUACUGUCAAUGGGGCCAAUUUUGAAGAAAGCAUGAUUGAAGAAAAGCAUCUCCAAAGCAGAUACCAGUCUUGGAGGAUAAGAGAUUUAAGAGACUUGAUGUAGUCAUGUUGUGGGCCACAAACUAUUGAUGUUUUUAGAAUUAGUUCAAUGGUGUGGAAUUGUCUUACACUUUUUAUACAAAAUUGUUUUUAGAAAUUAGCCUUCAUUCAGUGUAGUCUUAUUAUAAUUUGCCUAAGCUGGCUACUGAGCUUGGUAGGAUGGAUGACUGGUAAUGAUAGAACUGACAAAUCUUAGCCAAAUUAUGUUCUAGGUAGGUUAGGUUCUAGGAUCCAUAUUUUAGCACAUUCAUAUCUCUAGUUGAAAAGUCAGAGCUCUACAUCCUUUGCACAGAUAAGCCUGCUUUAGAAAAUUUGCUCUGGAUUUGGCCGUGGAGGUCUACAGGCUGAAUUAUUGCAAGCUGAGUGCCUGUCAGCAAAGGUACAAGUCCAGAAUAGGUUUGAUCAAUUAGUGAAUCUACAGAGGAGUCAGUUCCUUUGUCUGACUUGAUGAAUUUCCUGUACUUGUUUCAACUGGAAAAAUGUGUUUUACCGUUUAUUGAAAAUGCUUUUUACAAUGGGAAAGUUUAGUAAGGAAAUAAAUAUGGUCCAGGAUUGCUGUAACUGUAGAAAAAACAUAUUGUCUGUUUCUCCUUUGAAUUGUAGGUGGCAGGUUUCCUAGUUUCAAAUCAUCCACAUACAGUUACCAUAAUAUCUGCUUUUUGAGCUGUUUGUGUAACUCCUUGCUUCCAAUGCAGCAUUUAGUAAAUUACUUGUGACGCAUCAUUUACCUUAUUUACACUUCUGUGAUUUAUAGUGAGGACUAGACAAGAGAUUAACCUGAACUGAAAGAAAAAUUUUAAAAAGAUUUUCUGAACUUUUAAUUUGGCCUUACAAGAAGUUCUGUUGUAACAUAAGUGACUGUUGAUAGUAACAUUGGAUAAUGUGUGUUUGAAUCUACAAUAAAUGUAAGCAGACAAUGAAAAUAUAAUUGACUAUGCAGUUUACUACUGUAUAGUGAGACUAUCAGAGAGGCCUGGUAUGGUUCUACUUUAUCAACUGGUUUUGUUACUGAAUGACAUAGGUUUCUAAAGUCUCUGAUGUUACAGACCAUAGGCUAUAUUACACAGGUUAUCAGCACAGAUUGCUGUAAUUACAUUUCAGUGGAAUGUUUGUUAGGAAAUAGCAGUUUGUUUUCAUAGUGCCCCAGUAGAACUGAAUAUGGGAGACAAAUCUGUUACGUUUAAAGAAAAAAUAAACUGUUAAAGGAGAUGUUUGGGUUUUUUUAAUCUUUAGCUAUAUUACACAUAGUUUUAAUUUAUUAAUGACCUAGGUCCAAACCCUCUUGCCCUAGCACUCCCUCCUGCCUUUAUGCCUUGGAUUUCAGGGGAGGAAAAACCAUGGAUGCAUAUCCUGAAAGCGGAGUGUUCCAGAAUGUCUCAAGAAUCAAAAUGGUAAUUGUGAAGAUAAAAUCCCUAAAUGAACUAUGUACUGCUGAUGCACUUCACUGAUGAGUCUAAAUUUGGCUAGUGUUAUCCUCUGGAUGCCUUGUUGACAGGUAUUUAACUUAAAAGCCUAAAUUCCUAAGAGUUCAUGUGUAAAAUUAGGAUGAUAUGAUCACUCUGUUUUGCAUCUGUCUUUCCAGUUCUCUGUGUGUGUAUAUGUAGGGUGUGCACGUGAGCACACACAUGUAUUUUGUGAGAACUUGUAAGUUAUACAAAUGUAAAAAGCUGUUUCGCUAAAGCAGAGUUGAUAUAAAACAGGACUAAAUGGUACUGGAGGAUUUUGAAGCCCCACACAGUAGACUAAUGUAGUUACUGUCUAUUUAAAGUGAAAUUUAUUGAUAUGAUUGUUUUAAUGAUUUCUAUACCAAUGUGUGACCCUGUGACAGACUUUCUUUUGCCAUGUGGCACUGUAUAUUCCUAAUGUGCUUACUAAGGUUCUUCCAUUAAAUUAAAAAAAAAAAAAAGAAAAAAGUUAUAGGUAAAAUUCCAUCUAAAGAAACAAGGCAAAGGCUGGUUUUGAGGUCUGGCCUGACGGUAUUUUGCAUUCCCAUUCUGCUUUUGUGAGUAUCUGUUGCACAAGGGCCAUCUCUGUGCCAGAAAGGAGUGCAGGGUCAUUGGAACUAUUCUGAUAAAAAGUGCAAUGGUGUUAUGAAAAAUACCAGCUUCAAUAGUAAAACCAACACAGCAUAAGGCUUAAUCUUUAUAUGAUGUAUCUUACACGGGUUUAUAUUUAUGUCUGAUACUCGUUCCCUAAGUAGUUCCAGAACUGGAAUCUCUAAACAUACAGCAACUUAAGUGUGUGGUUAUAUGGAUAAUUAUGCCCUCGGUCUUACACACCACUCCCGGGAAGCAGGCAUGGGGAGGUGCUUUACCACCCUUUCAGCUCGUCUGGGAGAGCCGUUAAACUCCGCCGGGGGGGUUCGGACCGGGCUCCCCCCGAAGGGCGCCGGGGCCGGGGCUCGGGGGCCGGGCAGGAGGCGGUGGCCGCUGGGGAGCUCUCCAUGGUGCUCCAUGGUCUCCGUGCUGCUCCGGGCGCGGAACCCGCUCCGCCGGCGCCGCGGGCAGCGGCUGCUCAGGCUCUUGCAGGCGUGCGGCAGGUAGCGAGGUUCACAGGCUGGUAACUCCAAAACGUAUCUGAAAACCUUACCCAAGCGUCGUGGAAGCUCUCUGUCAUCCGAGAGAGGGACAAGCUCCUAAUGCACCAUUGCAACUGAGAGUUGGUGUCUGAAAUGCGGCAUGCAAAGAGAACAGUUUCAUGAUGCACGCUUAUCAAAUCAGUGGAAGGAGGUACAACUGCAGUAGUUUAAAUGCUAAUAAACAAGGCAUGUAGCAGCGCACACUGAAGUAGGCUAUGUAAUUAGUCUGAGUAUAAAAUGAAAUGGUAUUGUCUAUGUAUUGCAAAGUUCUCAAGAAGUGUUAGUUUCCAUCACAUAGACUUUGUAUAUGUGCAAAGAACAAACUUGUUAUGUGUUUUUUUUAACUUUGGCUGACAAAUUUGUGUUUUGUAAGAGCACUUUGCGCAACUUUAAUUCUUUUCAGUUUGACUAAACUGUCAGUAAUUAUUGGGUUGUAUGACACAGUAGAAUUUUCAUCUUUGGUGAAAUUGGUUUUGGCAAUUCUGGUGAAAAGAGUUUCGUUGCCUUUCAAGUAGAGCUUAUUCCAACUUGUGAUGGUUUUGUUGCUGGGUUGUUUUUUUUGUUUUUCAGCUCGCUGAGUAAGGUUUGAGUUACCUAAUUGGUUGGAAGAAAUGUUAGGUAAAAGAUUCUCUAGCUGUGUUCAGCGGUUACUUGGUUGGUAUUUUCUUUACAAUAUUCACACUAUAAGAGAUUACUCUUGCAUACUGUUUUGGUGGUUUGGGUUUUCUUUUUUUGUUAUGUCAUUCCAGAAUACACAUUUCUGGAUGAUCCUACUUAGCCUCAUUCCAUUUCAUUUUGCCAGAAAACAGCUUAUUCAGAUUUUCUCUUAAUUAGUGUUUCUUCUUUACAAAAAUAAUCAAUAGGGAAAUUGUGUUUCUCCAAUGUGAACAUUAGCUGUUGAGUCAGCAAAUCAAAUAUUCAGUUUAAUAUAGCUGAAUAUCAAAUUUAAGUUCUAAAUAAUAGUGCAUGGUUUACCAGAGCCCUAUAUUUGUAUUUGGAUUUCUGGCAGAAGCGUGAAUGGAUUUCGGUCUGGUCUGUAAAGUGCUGAGUAUUCUACAACUGUUACCACACCUACCUUGUAUGAUUGCUUAAACUCUUGUUGUUCAUCCUUCAUAUGAUACUUAGUAUUUGUAUCUUCAUAAGUUUUUAUUUAUUGACGUUCCAUGUUUUCAAAUGAAGUGUUCAUUCAUGUCUUUGAGGUUAUUAAUUUUGUCAGCAUUGCAUUUAUGAUGUUUGCCUUGCUUCUCAGUACAUUGAAUAUUUGUGUUUGUGAUCAUCCAGUGGGGUUUUUUUGCAGAAUUCCUGGGUUUGUUUGCAUCUUAUUUGGUAUAUUAUGUUUAUUUUAAAGUGUCAGUUCUGUUUUAAUAAAUAAAUGUAAAUCACCACCUAAUGGUAAUUUGCCACUUGUUAACAAUAAAGCGA